AUGAAGUCAUUCUCUCUGAUCACACUCUUCUGCACUUUGGCCACCGCUGCAGUACUCCCUCGGGAUACUGUCUUCGAUGGUCACUGCUGCUUCACAUUACAAGACGUAGCCAGCGGUGCUACAGUCCAACAAAACAGCAAUGGCAACUUGCUUCUCAAUGCUGGAACUACCAAUGGCUUCUACUGCAUUGAUCUAUCCAACUCUCAAAAGAUCCUGAGAGAUAGCGCAUUCAAUGCCUGUUUCUUGAACCCCAGUGGCGAGGUCAAAUGUGUUGAUCCCACACCCGGCUUCGAGUCUUGGACUUUGAAGAAGAGCGGUAGCAACACUCUUCUUCAUCGCGAUGGCGCAAGCUCUUUCAACUCCUGUUCCAAGACUGCAACAAGCAAAAAGGGAACAGUGCUAUUUGGGGAUAAGCAUUCUGGUGCUUCAUCAUGCAAGAAGGCUACGCUUAAGGCGAAGAACCUGAAGGGCAAAUGUAAUCUUUGA